AUGCUGCUGGUGCUGCCCGACCCGGACCCCGUACGCGCCCCCGCGCAGAGGCGCGCCGCCCGCCGUGCGCAGCGCCAGCCGCCCCCGGGUCCCCGCGCCACAGCGGCCAAGGCCAGAGCUAGACCCAGGCCCGAGCCCGAGCGGGGGCCCGAUCCUGGCUGGGGCGACCGCCUCCCCUUGGAAAUCCUGGUGCAGAUUUUUGAGCUGCUGGUGGCGGCCGAGGGGCCCACGCCCUUCCUCGGCAGGGUUGCACGAGUGUGCCGCCGCUGGCACGAGGCCGCCUCCCAGCCCAAGCUGUGGCACACCGUGACCCUGUCGCCCCCGCUGGCUGGCUGCUCCACCAAAGGUGAAGCCAAAGCGGAGAAAAAGCUCCUUGCUUCCCUGGAAUGGCUUAUGCCCAACAGGUUCUCCCAGCUCCAGAAGCUGACCCUCCUCCACUGGAAGUAUCAGGUGCGCCCCGUGUUGAAGCUGGCUACCGAGUGCUGCCCUCGACUCACCUAUCUCAAGCUUUCUGACUGCCACGGGGUGACCCCUGACACCCUAGUCAUGCUGGCCAGAGCCUGCCCUCAGCUCCACAGCCUGGAUCUGCAGCACUCCACGGUGGAAGCCACAGCUGUGGUGAGCUUCUUGGAGGAGGCGGGGCCCCGAAUGCGCAGGCUGUGGCUGACCUACAGCUCCCAGACAACAGCCAUCUUGAGCGCACUGCUGGACAGCUGCUGCCCCCAGCUCCAGGUCCUGGAGCUGGGCACUGGCCUCACUCGCUACACCACUCCCCUCCAGCUGCCGGUGGAGGCCCUGCAGAAAGGCUGCCCCCAGCUGCAGGUCCUGCGACUGCUGAACCUGACAUGGUGGGCCAAGCCUGCAGGGCGUGGGGUGCCUCUGGGCCCAGGAUUCGCCAGCCUGGAGGAACUGUGCCUCGCCAGUACCGCCUGCAACAUUGUGACCAACGAGGUUCUGGGCCGCCUGCUGCACGGCUCACCCCGCCUGCGCCUGCUGGACCUCCGCGGCUGCGCCCGCAUCACGCCUGCCGGCCUGCACCGUCUGCCCUGUCAGGAGCUGGAGCAGCUGUACCUGGGCCUGUAUGGCAUGUCAGACCGGCUAACUCACACUAAGGAGGGCAGCCCCCUGCUGACCCAGAAGUGGUACCGCACCCUUCGCGAGCUGGACUUGAGUGGCCAGCGCUUCAGUGAGAAGGACCUGGAGCAGGCGCUGGCGGCCUUCUCGGGCACCCCUGGGGCCUCAUACCCGGCCCUGUGCUCCCUCAACCUCAGGGGCACACGGGUCACAGCCAGCAUAGUCAGCUCUGUCAUCAGCAGUUGCCCAGGCCUGGUGUACCUUAACCUGGAGUCCUGCCGUUGCCUUCCCCGGGGCCUGAAGCGGGCCUACCGGGGCCAGGAGGAGGUCCAGUGGUGCUUGGAGCAGCUGCUCACCAGCCCCCCGUCCCCCAGCUAG